AUGGCUCCAACUGGAAAUUCAACUUCAUCACUGGCUGAUAACCUCUCAUUCGGGUUCAUCGCCCAGGUUUUACCAUUUCUUGCUUUAUUCGGUGAGGAUGCGACCAGAUAUUACCUGGCACAAGCAGUUGACUGGCCAGACUACCUCCUGUUUGCUAUAGGUCCUCUGGGCGUCAUAUUCAUCAUUAGUACAACCUUCAGGAUACUGGGUACUCAAUUCUUGAAGAGCAAGCUUGGAAGAGGUCACGAGGAGAGUGCCCUCAUAGAAAAAGAGCUGUUAUCUUCAACAUCGUUUAAUACAUGUGAGCUUUGGAACGGUGUAUCUGUGGACCGCUCGACGGAGAACGGUCAAAUCCAAGGGUUCUGGGUUUAUAAAAAGAAAAACCAAGACAAACCUAUUUUGAAGAUGCCAGAGGAAAUUAAACACCCAGCAACUGGUGGGAAUCUGUUCAGUCCGCUGGGACUCGUACCCGAGGUCGAUGACAGAUUCGAUUCAAUCCGCGAGGAGAGAAAGCCACCGAAUCUUCUCCUGAAUCUCUGUUCCCAUUCAAGGAGAUCGAAUAUCCUAGCAUUAUUUUUUGCCAUACCCUUCCAAUUGAGUUUGAUCGUGCUAGCAGUCCUUACAUACGUUCAGCAUCUUGGUUCCCUUACCAAAGUGCACGGGUAUGACACACACGCGUACGCAGCCGGGCUAGCUAUUGGUGGCACCACUGCCCUAUUCAUUGGCCUUGUUCUUUGCGCGUACGAGAUAAGCAAGACAGCGGUACGAGUGGUGUGGAAGCCACUCGCUACGCGUACGAGGGAUAAAGCAUAUCUCCUGUGGCUACAACGGGGCCUACCAAACGGUGCUCCGCGAUACAAAUCUUACAUUAUUCUCAAAGAAGUGCAAGACGGAAUCCUAGAGUCCCAUUACAGACCGUCUUUUACCUAUGGGAAGGGUAAUGGGCUUGUGUGCUUUUUCAUUAUUCUGUGCGUUGGUCUUGGAUAUCCAGUGCAGGUUGUGGGUGUUGCUGGAAUGCACUAUCCAUUGCAGAUCACCCUUUUCGGGGGCACCGUUAUAAUGGCUAUAAUUCGAGUGGCGCUCCGUCAGGUUCCUCGACCGACCACUGCAAUACAGACUCAUCCCGAGCAUGAGAUGGAUUGGAUGGCUCUUAUUCUCGCCCUCUCACCCAACAAUGACUACAUUGAAGGGAUCCAGUCCAAAAAGACUCCAGAGUGGGCUUUGGACGAAACCAAAGGAUGGUGGUCCUGCAAAGUCAAUUCUCCAAACACUGACCAUUCUCGAAGAUCGGAGGCGCUCAUGCUACAACGCAUAGAUCUGGAACGAUUAUGUGGCUGGGGAUGUCCGGCUACUGAGAAAGGACGCGCCGUAGGAUUGGCCAUUGAGCUUCUCGCGAACAAAUGGGAAUAUGACAUGGGCGUUUCGCUGCGGACAUAUAUCGUGGAUAAGCUGGUAUGGCAAAUCCCAGUCAAGGUCGGUGAGAACUUCGAAAGCGUGGAGUUCUCCGUCAACUUCAAAGACGGUGGUUGGCAAGCUGACACCGACCGCAUUACCUCUGCUCUAUCCCUCUGGCUCUUUCACGCUAAAAAAAAGCAAUGUUCCGCAAUGCGACAUGCAAAUCCGCGCAGCGUCUUUUGUCUUGGAUCACCCUUCGAACUGAAUGAAGAGAACUACCGAAAUCUAUCAGCCAGACUGCGCUUUGUCAAACCCUGGAACCCCGGCGACAGACGAGUAGCAAGGUAUAACAAGUUUCAAGUAUCCAAGAGAGAAAUGCCGAGGGACCUGAUUGCUGGCUUCCAAGAUCACUCGAUGCCGGGUCGAACUCUGAGGGCAGGAAAUUAUAACACCAAUUGGACGCUGGACCAGGAGAAGAACGAGUUUAUCUCUGUUUCAACAUAUAUGGAUUGUGAAACAGCCCGAAGCUUGGGGUAUGCUCCUGCCAUUGUAAGUUUCAACGACAUCACGACUCUUUACGCCCUCCAUAUUCUGUCGGCAUUUUCUAGCGUGCUCUUCUCUGAAUAUUACGGAAUCAACAACAUUUCAGUCACCAAACCAAAAGGCAAAGAGCCAAAAGGUAAAGAACCAGCAGGUACAGGACCAGCAAAGAGUACAGAAACAACAGAUACCGGCUCGAAAGGUGAACAAGCAGGAGCGCAAGAUCGGACGGACCAUCAAUCAACAGAAACCUCCCUUUUAGCAGAUGCAAUGUAUUUGGAGAGGCUGGCUCAGCAGAUGUAUACAAUGGGGCUUGCAGAGCAAGAGGAUAUUCUGCUCACGCUUCUCGCAUCCGUUGACCGUGCAGAGAAGAAGCCAAUACCAGACAAUCCCAGUCCUGAAAUUUCUCAGUCAACCAGGUCAGAAUUGGAAACUGAGUUAAGAGCUGCCGGUGCAGGGCAAUCGAGAGUAGAAUCCAGCACCAGUUUGGAAACCGACCAAGGCUUGCUCCACAGUGUAUCCGGUCGGUGGCCCAAGUGAAGCUUGGCUUAGGGUCUCGAUGGAGUCACUGCCUCCAACUGAAAAUGUCCUGCACCGAUCCACUUGCAUGUUCAGCACUGCUAAUGUUCCAGCCUUGAAUCCGCUAGGCUGAACAAAGUUGAAAGUACGAAAUAGGUCGAUGAUCGAUCAACUGAUAGCAUCUGUACACUAC